AUGGCGUCGUCCUGGUCCUCCUCCUCCAGCUCCAGCUCCAGCACUCUCCUCCUCCUCCUCCGGUUGCUCUGCCUCUGCGCCGCCCUGCCAGCCACCCUGCAGGCGGCGGCGCGCCCGCCCAGCGUCACCAUCGGCGCGCUCUUCACCUUCGACUCCGUCAUCGGAAGGUCCGCCAGGACCGCCAUCCAGCUCGCCGUCGACGACGUCAACGGCGACCCCACCGUGCUGAGGGGCACCAACCUCAGCGUCAUCUUCCAGGACACCAAGUGCAGCGGAUUCGUCGGCACAAUCCAAGCCUUGGAGCUGAUGGAGAGGCAGGUGGUGGCCGUGGUGGGCCCGCAGUCCUCGGGCAUCGCGCACGUCGUCUCCCACGUGGCCAACCAGCUGCGCGUGCCGCUGCUCUCCUUCGCCGCCACCGACCCGGCGCUCGCCUCCAAACAGUACCCCUACUUCGUCCGCGCCACGCACGACGACCGCUUCCAGAUGGCCGCCGUCGCCGACGUCGUCGCGCACCACGGGUGGCGCGAGGUCACGGCCGUCUACGUCGACAACGACUACGGCCGCGGCGGCGUCGUAGCGCUCGGCGACGCGCUCGAGGCCCUGCGUGCCAGGGUGUCCUACAAGGCCGCGUUCCCGCCGGGCGCCGACCGCGCCGCGAUCGCCGACCUCCUCGUGCGCGCCAACAUGAUGGAGUCGCGCGUCUUCGUCGUCCACGCCAGCCCGGACUCGGGCCUCGACGUCUUCGCCGCCGCGAGGUCGCUCGACAUGAUGGCCACCGGGUACGUCUGGAUCGCCACCGACUGGCUCGCCGCCGCCGCCAUCGAUGCUGCUGGUGCUGGUGCCGCCUCCAAGUCCAAUAUACAGGGCGUCCUCACGCUGCGCCAGUACACCCCGGACUCGGACGCCAAGGCGUCGCUCGUCUCCAGGUUCGCCGCCGCGGCCAAACCGUCCAGCAAUGGCAUCAACGUGUACGGCCUCUUCGCGUACGACUCAGUCUGGAUGGCGGCGCGCGCCAUCGACCAGUUCCUCAGCGACACCAGCGGUGGCAACAUCUCCUUCUCCGCGGACGCCAACAUCCGCGACGCCAACGGCAGCGCACUGGGCCUCAGCGCGCUCAAGGUGUUCGACCAGGGUGAGCAGCUGCUGCGGAAGGUCAUGCUCGCCAACUUCACCAGCGCCACGGGCAGCGUGCGGUUUCAGUACGACGCCGAUGGGAGUGGGACCCUCAUCAACCCGGCCUACGAGAUCCUCAACGUCGGCGGCACGGGCGUCCGCCGGGUCGCCUACUGGUCCAACUACACGCGCCUGUCGGUGGCGGCGCCCAGGCUGCUCGCCGACGGCGGGCCGCCGCCCAACUCAAGCACGACGACCCAGCAGCAGCAGCAGAUGUACAGCGUCAUCUGGCCCGGUGACACCACAUCUAAGCCGCGCGGGUGGGUGUUCCCCAACAACGGGAAGCCGCUGCGGAUCGGCGUGCCGUACCGGACGACGUACAAGCAGUUCGUGUCCAAGGACCGGUCCAGCCCCGACGGCGUGAGCGGCUACUGCGUGGACGUGUUCAAUGCGGCGGUGGCGCUGCUCCCGUACCCGGUGCCGGCGUCGUUCGUCCUGUUCGGUGACGGCGUGAAGAACCCCAGCUACAACGAGCUGGUGCAGAAGGUGGCGGACGGCUUCUUCGACGCGGCGGUGGGCGACAUCUCCAUCGUGACGAACCGGACGCGGGUGGUGGACUUCACGCAGCCGUACGUGGAGUCCGGGCUGGUGAUCGUGUCCACGGUGAAGGCCAAGAGCUCCAACGAGUGGGCCUUCCUCAGGCCAUUCACGCCGGGGAUGUGGGCCAUCAUCGGUGCCUUCUUCCUCUCCGUCGGCGCCGUUGUGUGGAUCCUGGAGCACCGGUUCAACCCGGAGUUCCGAGGGUCGCCCAGGAAGCAGAUGGUCACCAUGUUCUGGUUCAGCUUCUCCACGAUGUUCUUCGCGCACAGAGAGAACACCGUGAGCACUCUUGGCCGCUUCGUGCUCAUCAUCUGGCUUUUCGUGGUGCUCAUCAUCAACUCCAGCUACACGGCCAGCCUGACGUCCAUCCUGACGGUGCAGCAGCUGUUCACGGGCAUCCAGGGCCUGGACAGCCUCCUCUCCAGCAACGACCCCAUCGGCUACCAGGUCGGCUCCUUCGCCCGGAGCUACAUGAUGGAGGAGCUGGGCGUCCCGGCGUCGCGCCUCCGGGAGCUGGCCAUCGACGACUACGCCGACAGUCUGCAGCGCGGGCCCAGCAACGGCGGCGUGGCGGCCAUCGUCGACGAGCUGCCCUACAUCGAGCUCUUCCUGUCCACCAACUGCCAGUUCAGGACGGUGGGCCAGGAGUUCACCAAGAGCGGAUGGGGAUUCGCGUUCCAGCGUGACUCCCCCCUUGCGGUGGACCUGUCGACGGCCAUCCUGACACUGUCGGAGAACGGGGACCUGCAGCGGAUCCACGACAAGUGGCUCAACCCAGGGACGUGUGCGUCGCAGAGCACCGACGGCGUGGGCACUGACAGGCUCAAUCUGGGCAGCUUCUGGGGCCUCUUCCUCAUCUGCGGCGUCGCCUGCUUCGUCGCCCUGCUCAUCUACUUCGCCAGGAUACUCUGCCAGUUCUGCGAAUACCACGGCCACGGAACCACCGCCGGCGCCGCCCAAGAGGACGAUGGCGCCGGCCCGUUCCCUGACCCGCAGAGGAGCCUGCGCCGGCCCGCCAGGCUAACCAGCAUCCGGGACCUCAUGUCCUUCGUGGACAUGAAGGAGGCCGAGGUGAAGACGGCCAUCCGGAGCAGGUCCGACAGGCGGCUCGACGGGUCUAUGGGCGGCAGGAGCUACACCUCUGAAGGCCCGUCCUUGUCACGGCCGUCCUCCAUGUCGCCGGUGUAA